UCCCCUAAGAAAGUAUUUUCAUUAAUUCCACCCCUAAUGGGAUGAAAUAGGGGAUAAAACUUUAUUUCAGGUAUUUUACACGAUACAUUUAUUGAAUAAAUAUUCGUUAGAAAUGCUGAGAAUAACUUUACCACGCGAACGAAGCCGCUGGCAUAAGCUAGUUUAAAAUAAAACUGCAAUGCAAAUACAAUUUAAGUAUUAGCCACUUUUGUGACGAAACUAAAUAUAACGUAUUAUGGUAUCAUAUUAUGAUGUGGCAUCGUCACGGCGACAGUCUAAUGGAUGUCAAUAGAUCAAGUGAUGAUCAUUUACAUUUCAAUAUUCUGUAUAUUAAUUUGAAAUGUCCAGGAAAACUAUGAUAACACGUGAUUCAUAUUCAAAUGUAAACAACCUGUUUUAUCUUUUUUAUUUAUCUAAUUAGGUAUACAUUACUUUCUAACAAUAAAUUGGUGGUCCGACUUCUCCGCUUAUUGAAAUUAGUUUGUGUUUAUUGUAUGAUAAAUGAAAUAUAUGUAUGUAUUUAAUGUCCACAUCAAACUGUCAACAGACCAAUAAGUCUGCCCAAUGCCAGAUUAUAAAAUUCAUCAUCAUCAUCAUCAGCUCUUUUACGUCCCCACUGCAGGGGCUCAGGCCUUCCUUAUGGAUGGUUAAGGAGGAUGGGCCAUGACCCUCCUCGCUGGCCCAAUGCGGAUUGGAGAGUAUUAACGACUGCAAAUGCAGCCGAGACCAACGACUUAGCACGUCUUCCGAAGCACGGAGUAGCUCGAGAUAAUAAUGUUUUGGUCACCCAUCCCGUGACCGACCCUUGCGGAAAUUGCUUAACGACUACGAUCGCGGUCCGCCUAGCUUAUCCACUACGCCACCGAGCUACAAUCUGAUCAUAAAUUUUAAUAAUAAAUAAAUAUCAUUAGUUAAAAAUCUUAAAGAAUUCUCCAACCCUACUACCACUAGGUGGUAAUCGAAUACUCUCGACGCUGGUUAAUUUUUUAUAAAGCAUUUUAUAUUCAAAAAAUUAUCGGUAUAUAUUGUGAAAGCAAAAUGGGUCACCUAUGCUAAAAAAAAAUUGAUAAUGUUUUUAACAUAGCUCAGGUUUCGAUUCAAGACGAGUACCUAAUGUCCCCAUAUUUUGGAGUAUCUGAGACAACGAAGGUACCACAACACAAAGAUAAGAAUAGAUAAAGCCGGCAUUUAAACAACUCGGAAACAGUUCGCGUAUCCUUUAGUGGUCAUCUGAUAUGGUAUUUACUGUAUAAUUACUGCUUGAUCUAGAAUAAUAAUACAUCAAUCAGUAAUUUUGAAAUCUAAAAUAAUAAUAAUCUUUCUUUGUUUUUUCGUGUUACAUUUUGGUGUCUAGUAUAAUAAAUAAAUAUUACAAAGAGGAAAGAUGCAUUGUAAUGAAUAGGCUCCGAAACGAAUGGACUUAUUUAAAAAAUCUAUCACUUACUACAUAAGCUAUAUUUUAAUCGGAAAAACAACAAAUAAAGGGAUGAAAAUGUGAGUGGAAGUUUGUAUAGGGAAUUAAAACGUUUCCUUACCCUUGUUUACUAUUUAAUUUGUCAUUGCAAUUACAUCCGUGUCAUGAUAUAAAUUGAUAUCCAAAUAAACCCUAGGUAUCACGUGGGCGAAGUCGCUGGCGGAAAGCUAGUUUAAUGAAAACUAAUACAAUACUGUAUAUUUUCCUGGUAAAUUUAAUAAUUACAGGUGCUGAUCUAUAAUACUAAUAAUCUUUAUUUACUUUUUUCUUGUUUUGUGUUAACAAAUACAUAACAUGAAAAGUUAUUCGUUGGUACUACAUACAGGAUACAUUAACAUUCAUCAAGUUUUAACCUUCAAUAUUUUUUUAUUGACAUCACAUUUUCUUAAGCUAGAUUCAUCUUCCUGAAAUUGUAUUCUGUUUUGUAUUAUUUUGUAUGUACACAUAUAAAUAUAUUUAAUUAUAUUAGUAUAAUUUACUUCUAUGAAUUUUCUCAUUCAUCUUUCUUUAUACACUAGCCUCUUACUCAAUCGGUAUAGCUUCUUUUAGUUAAAGGUAGCCUGGUAGCCUUUUGCAUCAAUGUUUCUAAUAAUAUUUGCUAUCAUGUUUAUGUUUUACUAGAUUUGAAUACUUAGGAUUAUAUAUAUUUUUAGAUUACUUACAUCAAACCUGAUAAAACAUUCUCCUAAUAGAUGGUCAUGAACUCGCACAAUCCGUACUACACAUUUCACAGACACAUUAUUUGUUAUGUUAAAUGAAAUAAGAUAAUCCGUGGCGCUAUAAUUGAUGUGUUGAGUUUAUGGUAAAAUAUAAAAAAAAAACUAUUUCGAACUACAAAACCAUGAGCUUGCGUUAUUUUACAUUCACAGAAUAAAAAAUGUUGUUAACUUGAAUCGUCUCGGAAGUUAAAAAUAAAAACGAUUUAGUUAAUUAGCGAUAUAUAUUUUCCAUACUCUCUUGACCUAGCUAUAUUCAAUGUCAUUUUGGGAGUGGCUCCUACACACCCUCGGUGGCAAGGAAUUCACGUACAUUGUUUAUCAGUUUCAUUCUAGCCACGCUGUUGAAACGUUAUGUAGUUAUCAUUUUUAUUUGCUACUUUUGUUUACAUUAAGUCACAAAAAAACAUUAAUAAAAAAAUAAUCACUUUUGGAAUUAACUGUAACUAAAACUAAAAAAUAAUUAAAUAAGUGAUUUUAACUAUUCAAUUAAAAAGUUCCUAGUGUGAGUUCACAAGAAUCAAAGAAUCAACUGUGAUUAGUAUAAUAAAAUCGAUUCAAUAAUAUAUACAUGGAACGUAUUGUUGGUACGUAGUAUUUCUUUCAGUAACGCAUCACACGAGCGGUAGUUCGCGCGCGCAUACACUUUACAUGUAAAAAUAAGUUUAAAAAAAAAGCGUUUUAAAAUGCGCGCAAUUUUGUCCGCGAAAAUAUUUUUCUGUUGCUCAAUUGUAACUAUAUUUUUCUUACUAUAUAUGUCAAUUAAAGAAUUCACCAAUCGACCGUAUUCGAAUGAACAAGUUAAACAAUUAUUAGAAAGAAAAUUAGAAACAUCCACAUUUUGGAGUGACUCAACGAGUGAUGUGAAAAUUGCUAAAAGUGAUUUCAAUAAUACAAAUAGUGCUAAAAAACAAAUGAAAUAUAUUUUGCAAUGGACUUCAGCGAGAAAUGUCCCGUUUAUCUAUAUGGGAGUCGGUCAAGAGGGUUUCAACAGUCGAAAUUGUCCCCACACUAAUUGUAUAGUCACUGCGGACAGAAAUUUACUUGGUGACGUUAAAAAAUUCGACGUGAUCGCCUUCUCUGGACCUGAAGUCAUACGUAUGUUUCACAGAAGCCUGCCACAAGAUAGAUCAGAGAAGCAGAAAUACGUAUUUGCUUCUAUAGAGUCGUCUCACUAUUACCCUAUAUGCUCAAACAGAUUAGAUAACUUUUUCAACUGGACUUGGACUUUUAGACUCGAUUCUGAGGUACGAUGGGGUUAUAUGUUAAUCAAAGACUCAAACAACAAUACAAUAGGUCCAAAGAAAAUCAUGCACUGGAUGAAGUUACAAGACAUGGAACCGAUUAGUGAUGAGUUUAAGUCAAAAUUGAGGACUAAGACAAAAGCAGCCGCCUGGUUUGUGUCCAACUGUUUCGAUAAGUCAGGCAGAAUGAAUUACGCGAUGGAUUUAAAAAAACAACUCGGUAAAUAUGGGUUAGAGCUUGACAUUUAUGGAGAUUGUGGCACCCUAACUUGUCCUAGAGAUAAGCAAGAUGAUUGCGAUAGAAUGCUUGAUAAAACGUACUACUUUUAUUUAUCCUUCGAAAAUUCGUUUAGUGAGGAUUAUGUUACAGAAAAACUGUUGCAUGCAUUGCGAAAUAACGUCGUUCCUGUUGUUUAUGGAGGUGCUAAUUACACGAGAUUCAUGCCAAACGGAAUAUAUCUAAACGCAAGAGAAAUGGGUACCCAAAAGUUAGCUGCAAAAAUGAAUCAGCUGAUCAGUGAUCCAGAAAAAUAUGCCGAUUAUUUCAAAUGGAAGAGGCACUACACGUACCAUAGUCUACACGAGAGUCCCGAGACGGAUGAAUAUUGUCGGUUCUGUGCUAUUCUUAAUGACGAGCAAAUGGUGAAAAGGACUAGUGUUAUUAAAAAUUUUAGAGAUUGGUGGGACAGCCCUAAGUUUUGCUGAGCAUAAAGAGUUUUUAUAUAAUUUAGUACUAAUUUUUAUGGCUUGGCCUGCAUAGUAAACAGUUUAUGGCAAUAAAAAGAAGACUUUGUAUAAAAUCUACACAAAAUAUAAUUAAAACUGUACUGCACCACGGAUACAGUUGUAACUUAACCAUCGCCUCAUAAAGCCCACUAAUAAUUGCUGGACAGCUAAAAAGCAAAAUGUAAUCAAUAAGGACAAAAUAAUGUAAUUUAAACCUAUUUCAGUUAAACGUACAGCACUCUUAUGAUUGAAUUUUCACGGUGUUUUUGUUUGAUGUACCUACCUACUGUAGGUAUAUAAUUGACACAAAUUGUCUAAGCUGUAAAAAUUAAAAGAAUUAUUAAUUUGUGUAGUUAGACAGUACGUAACGAGCCACUGAAGAAAGACUUGGAAAAUCUGUGAUCAUAGUUCUAACCUUAGGCUAGGCUAUAACUAAAAUAAUAAUAAAAUAAAGUAUGAUCAUUAAUUAAAAUUGUGUUUUAUAGAAUAAAGUUUAAAAAUAAAUGAUUUACUUAUAAAUUAUUUCGUGGCAAAAAUUUUCUAAGGCUUUAUUCCUCUGUGUCUCGUUACACUCCGAUGAUCUGCCUAUGAUAUGUGUCAAAUGAGAAGAAAUAUUUGAAAGGAAAUUCUAGUCUCGUAAUUUUUAUGGUAAUAUUAUUAAGACUGUAUUGUUAAUAACCAAAACAAAUAGCAGUUUCAAAGGAUUCCAACCACGUAAAAUAU